CACAAACACACACUCUAUUCCAUCUGCAACACAAGAUUUAACAUUUCAUUCCCAUAAUCUCUUUGUGCAUUCUCUGUUCUGUUCUUAGCAUUUCUCUGUGUUUCUCCAAUAUGACGUUUUCCGAAAACGACGAUGAGGAGGUGAUCACUGAUUUCCAACCUUACUACCGAGUCUAUAAAAACGGCCGAGUCCACCGUUUUUACGAACUUUAUGGCAUAGUUGAAGUUCCUCCCUCUUUAGAAGAUCCAGACACCGGCGUUUCAUCCAAAGACGUGACCAUUUCCCCUCAUAUCUCCGCCAGACUUUACCUUCCCAAAAACACUAUCGCCGAUCAAAAGCUACCCGUCUUAGUUUACUACCACGGCGGAGGACUAGUUGCCGGAUCCGCCUUCUUCGAAACCGAACACCGUUACCUCAACCAUUUGGUUUCUGAAUCAAAUUGCAUUGCUAUUUCUGUGAAUUAUCGCCUUGCCCCAGAACAUGACCUGCCCACACUCUACCAAGACUGCUGGGAUGCCCUUCAGUGGGUUGCUUCACACGCCGCCGGUAAAGACGCCGAACCAUGGAUAGCAAACCAUGGUGAUUUUAACAGAUUAUUCAUAGCCGGGGAUAGUGCUGGGGGUAAUAUUGUCUAUAACAUGACCAUGAGAGUUGGCAGGGAGAGCUUAAGUGGAGGUGUGAAACUCGUCGGUGCUAUCUUUGCUUUUCCUUUCUUCUUGAUCCCAUCUGUCGAAAACAUUGAGGGGUGUUUGAUUUACAAACUUUGGAAUACUAUUUGUCCACCAUCUGAACAGGGAAUUAAUAGCCCAAUGGUUAAUCCAGUUUCAGAAAAUGGCCCAAGCCUGUCAGAGUUGGGUUGCUCAAGGCUUUUCUUGUGUGCAGGAGAGAAAGAUGAGCUUGUCCCAAGUGAAAUUAUCAGUCGAUUCGCUGAAGCUGUGAAGAAGAGUGGAUGGAAAGGUGAAUUAGAGUACAUUGAGGUUGAAGGUGAAGGUCAUUGCUUUCAGGCUGCUAAUCCUGAAGCUGAGAAAUCUAAACAUCUCAUCAAGCGCAUGGCUUCUUUCAUCCAACGCAAGUGAUUACAAUUCUGCAAUUAGAGCUCCUAGCUAGUAAUUAUUAUUAUUAGGCCAUGAGUAUAUAUAUAUUUGAAGCAUAUUUUAGAGUGGAUAUGUUAUUAGAACUGAUUUCCUGUAUCCUAGGAGCGUGGAACUUAAUAGAUGUAUGAUAUGUACUAUACAUGAAUUUCAAGCAUUUUAAUUAUAUGUAUUCUCCCUUGUUUCAUUUACUAAUAAUAAAUUAAUA